AUGUCAUUCAAUACACAGCCACCUAUAAAUAAUACAAAGAGGAGAAGAAAGCAACGUCUUUUCACUAGAGAUAUUGAACAAUUAUUGUACUCUUUGGGCGAUGGACCUUACACCUCUGACCAAACAGUGAAUGCCUUGGAAGAGACAUUAGUGACAUAUCUCAGCGAUCUAUGUCAUACGACUUUACAAUUUGCUAGAAACCAAGGAAGAUCUAGAGUUAAGAUUGAUGAUUUUCCGUUCGCUUUAAGAAAUGACCCAUAUAAAUUGUCAAGGUUGGAAUAUAUUAUAAAUCAAAGUCAAAAAAUUGAAAAAGCGAAGAAGAUAUUUGAUGAUAAGAAUGUAGUAUCCAACUUAAGUGCUACUGAGAAAGAUAAUGACGAUAAUGAUGACGAUAAUAAUAAACAUAAAUACGAACAACCUAAUCCCAAAAAGAAAAAGAGAAAGGUUACUGGAAACGUAACAUUAAGACAGCAAGAUGAAGGGUCCGAUGAGAACUAA